AUGGAGCAAGUGAAUGGAGAAAGCCACCAACAACAACAACCAACUCCUUUGAGAUGCCCUCGUUGCAACUCUAUAGAUACAAAAUUCCGCUACUUCAAUAACAGUGACCCCGCACAACCACGACACCAUUGCUGGUCUUGCAACCAGAAAUGGACCGUAGGUGGAAAGUUGAGAAAUGUCCCGAUUGGCGGUAAACAUAAGAACAAUAAGCAAACAAAAGAAUCAUCUUCAACACGUACGGAUCCACAAACUCAACUCUCACAGCCACCAUUGCGAUUAGGAGAAGAACGCCUACAAUACUUACAAUCACUGACGCCCAUGGCCACGAUGGUUCCUCAACGUUUAGAUACAUCUAUGAUCCAACCGAUCAUAAACAUGUCUACAACAGUAUCUCCAUCGAACUCAUACUAUUUCAAUGAUGAGAUCUCUUGUUUGGAUGCUAUACAAACUUUGAUCCGAUCAGAUGGUAUUAAUCAACAUCGGGAUGUUGGAUAUCAAUUCGGCAAUGGUGGUGCCAAUAUGGAAAUUCCACGUGAUUGGAAUAUUCAGCCAAUAGCAUCACAACAUGAUUUACCUCAACAAAUCUCCGGGUUCGUUGACUCUUAUGAAACUCAAAAUCAAGUCAACAAUGCAACUCCUAACUUGUAUGACUAUAGUUGGGUUCAACCUACUUGUCCUAUGAGUUCUUUGCCACAAAAUAUCAUGAAUAAUUUUGGGGUAUCUACAUCAAAUUCUUGUCCAUGGAACAACUUUACUGGGACAAUUACCACCGCCGACACGGAAACAGAUAUAACCUCUGUGAAUGUAGAUGAGUGGCUUAAUUUUCCAGACUGA